CUACGUGUGCUCUCUAUCAGGCAUCUAUUGUGGUUUCAGCUGUUGCUGUAAUUCUCAAAAUGUCGGAUGGUCAGGAGACUGAUAAGAACAUUGAGAUAUGGAAGAUCAAGAAGCAGAUCAAGGAACUUGAAGCUGCAAGGGGUAAUGGCACCAGCAUGAUUUCUCUUAUCAUCCCUCCCCGUGAUCAAAUAUCUCGUGUUACUAAGAUGCUUGGCGAAGAGUUUGGAACUGCUUCAAAUAUUAAGAGUAGGGUGAAUCGUCAAUCCAUUCUAGGGGCCAUUACGUCUGCUCAGGAGCGGCUCAAGCGUUACAAUAAGGUUCCUCCAAAUGGGCUUGCUCUAUAUACAGGAACAAUUGUUACUGAUGAUGGCAAGGAAAAAAAGAAGACAGUUGCUAUUGAGCCUUUCAGGCCUAUUAAUGCGUCUCUUUACCUCUGUGAUAACAAGUUCCAUAUUGAAGCUCUGAAUGAACUCUUGGAAUCUGAUGACAAAUUUGGUUUCAUUGUCAUGGAUGGUAAUGGGACUCUUUUUGGGACACUAAGUGGCAACACAAGGGAGGUGCUUCAUAAAUUUAGUGUUGACCUGCCAAAGAAACACGGAAGAGGAGGACAAUCAGCUCUUCGUUUUGCUCGUCUCCGAAUGGAGAAGCGUCACAACUAUGUUAGGAAGACAGCAGAGCUUGCCACACAGUUUUAUAUUAACCCUGCCACCAGCCAGCCGAAUGUUUCAGGAUUAAUACUUGCUGGAUCAGCUGACUUCAAAACUGAGCUUAGUCAGUCAGAUAUGUUUGAUCCUCGUCUGCAGGCCAAAAUUCUGAAUGUGGUGGAUGUUUCUUAUGGAGGAGAGAAUGGCUUUAAUCAGGCUAUUGAGUUGUCAGCAGAGAUCCUGUCCAAUGUGAAGUUCAUACAGGAGAAGAAGUUGAUUGGAAAAUACUUUGAGGAGAUUAGUCAGGAUACUGGCAAGUAUGUUUUUGGUGUAGAUGACACACUCAAAGCUUUGGAGAUGGGCGCUGUUGAGAUACUUAUUGUGUGGGAAAGUCUGGACAUCAAUAGGUAUGAGCUAAAACAUAGCAGUACUGGGGAGAUCAUUGUGAAGCAUUUGAACAAGGAGCAGGAGAACAAUCAGAGCAACUUUCGUGAUGCUGAGACCAAUGCAGAAUUAGAGGUUCAGGACAAGAUGUCACUAUUGGAGUGGUUUGCUAAUGAGUACAGGCGGUUUGGGUGUUCUCUUGAGUUUGUGACCAACAAAUCACAAGAGGGGUCACAGUUCUGCCGAGGCUUUGGAGGGAUUGGAGGAAUUCUCCGCUACCAGCUUGACAUGAGGUCUUUCGAUGAGUUUUCUGACGAUGGUGAAGUUUAUGAUGAUUCUGAAUAGCAAUCAAUCAUCUCUUCCCCAGUGCUGGUGCAGG